ACCAGAGUUCCGCCCUUGCGGAGGAGGUCACAUCCCACAACAAACUCUCAUCCUGGUCGGAAGCUCAGCUGUCAGAGUUCCUCAUGCUGCUGCUUCGGCGUUCGGCAGUAGGUUUCGGCGGCGUGGCACGAUGGGGAGCGCGCUGUUUGUGUUCCGGAGACUCUGCGGGCCAGUACCGGGAUACUGUGCUGCUGCCCCGCACUGACUUCCCCAUGAGAGUGAACGGGCCGAACCUCCUGGAGCGAGAGAUCCAGAUCCAGCAGAAAUGUGGUUUCGAUCAGCUGUACACAUGGCAGAGAGAGAGAAAGGCCAAGAAGGAGUACUGUCUUCACGACGGACCACCCUAUGCAAACGGGGACCCGCACGUGGGUCAUGCUCUAAACAAGAUUCUCAAAGACAUCCGGAAUCGCUUUGAGAUGCUGCGAGGCAGACAGGUGCACUACGUUCCCGGCUGGGACUGCCAUGGGCUGCCCAUAGAGCUCAAAGCACUGGGAGACAUGGGUACCAGCGAGCUGACCCCUCUGCAGAUCAGACAGAAAGCGCGUGAGUUUGCAGAGAGAGCCAUAUCUAGGCAGCGUGCAUCGUUCCAGCGCUGGGGUGUCAUGGCUGAUUGGGAGAAUUGUUAUUACACUUUUGAUGGCAAAUAUGAAGCAGUCCAGCUUAACGUUUUCCAGGACAUGCACGCCAAGGGUUUCAUUUAUCAGGAUUAUAAACCUGUAUUCUGGUCACCGUCAUCCAGGACGGCACUUGCCGAAGCAGAGCUGGAGUAUAAUCCAGAACAUGUGAGCCGUGCCGUGUAUGUGACUUUCCCUCUGCUCAGCCUACCUCCCAAACUCGCUCCAAACGCAGAAGGUUUGGGUCAGGUGUCUGCUCUUAUAUGGACCACUCAACCAUGGACUAUUCCAGCCAAUCAAGCUGUUUGCUACAUGCCCAAAACAAAAUAUUCUAUAGUGAAAAGAGCUGAUAAUGAGCAGCUCUUCCUAGUGGCCACAGAGCGCAUCGGCAGCCUAGCUUCUAUACUGGGGACCAACCUGGAGAACUUGGCCACAUUUGCAGGGUCAGAUCUUGAAGGUGGAGUUUGCCAGCAUCCCACAAAUCCUUCAAAAGAAGUGCCUUUGUUGCCGGCUAAUCACGUGACCAUGACCAAAGGAACGGGUUUGGUGCACACAGCUCCCGCCCAUGGCAUGGAGGACUACAGCGUCGCCACGCACUUCAGUCUGCCUGUGGAGUGCAUGGUUGAUGAGGAGGGCAAGUUUACAGAACUUGCCGGAGCAGAACUGCAGAAUAAGUCUGUGAUGACCGAAGGAAGUGCAGCAGUGAUCUCAAUGCUGAAGGCAGCAGGAGCUGUUGUGAAAGAGGAAGAUUGUGUCCACAGUUACCCGUAUGACUGGAGGACCAAACUGCCGGUCGUCAUCCGAGCCAGUAAACAGUGGUUCAUUAAUACUGCCAGUCUUAAAGACAAAGCUAAGGCUGCUCUGCAGAAGGUGCGUGUGAUACCAGAAUCUGCGAGAUCCAGUUUGUUGGCGAUGUUGGACAGAAGGACAUACUGGUGUAUUUCUCGUCAGAGGAGCUGGGGCGUCCCCAUCCCUGUGUUCUACCAUAAAGAGACUGGAGAGCCACUUUUAAACAAACAUUCUGUGACCCGCAUCGCACAAGUUUUCUCUGAGAAAGGGAGUGACAGCUGGUGGGCGGAGCCGGUGGAAACAUUUCUCACUCCGGAAGUUCUUAAAAAUAGUAAAGCGAGUGCAGCGUCAGAUUACGUGCGGGGUGAAGAUGUCCUGGAUAUCUGGUUUGACAGUGGGGUCUCUUGGGCCGCUGUUCUACCGGAAUCAGACCCACGUGCAGACUCGUACGUUGAGGGGAAAGAUCAGAUCGGCGGGUGGUUCCAGUCAUCUCUGCUCACCAGUGUGGCGGUGCGGAAUAAAGCUCCUUACAGAGCGCUAGUGGUCCAUGGUUUUGCUGUUAGUGAAAAAGGAGAAAAAAUGUCAAAGUCUAUCGGGAACGUGAUCGAUCCAGAUGUUGUUAUUAAUGGGGGGAAGGACUUGUCUGUCUCUCCUCCGUACGGUGCUGAUGUUCUGAGAUGGUGGGUUGCCGAGUCGAAUGUGUUCUCUGAAAUUCAGAUCGGAUCUAACUCACUAAACUCAGCAAAAGAAAGCAUAAACAAGUUGAGAAACACUCUUAGGUUUCUUCUGGGGAACCUCCAGGGCUUUGAUCCUCGUUCUCAAGCUGUGGACCCCAAACAAAUGCACUACAUAGAUCAGUAUAUGCUGCACCAGCUCAGAGAGUUCAGCAUAAAGGUAACCGAUGCUUACAGCGAGUUUGACAGCGGUCGUGCCAUCCGAGUGCUACAAGCCUUCAUCACCAGAGAAUUAUCGAACUUCUACUUUAGUAUCAUUAAAGACAGAUUAUAUUGUGAUGCUGAGGACUCUAUAGGUCGAAGGUCAUGUCAGACGGUUCUAGAAGAGAUCCUGGACGGAGUGACACGGUCUAUCGCUCCUGUCCUCCCUCACCUGGCUGAGGAGGUGUACUCAAAUGCAACCGGACAUGACGAGGGGGAGACUUUGUUUCGCAGCGGUUGGAUAAAAACCAGCUCUGUGUGGCGACGACCGGGAUUGGAGGAAGCGGUGGAGGGGGCGUGUGCUGUGCGAGAUUCCUUCCUGUCAUCAAUUCCGGGAUGUAACGCUGCCGAGUAUGAACUCAUCAUUGCCAUUGAGCCCGGCCUGUUCUUUGAGCUCAUGGAGUCUCUUCAAGAGGAUCCCACCUCCACCUGCUCUCAGCUGACUGAACUCAUGAUGACCUCACGCACCACACUGACCAGCUCUCUGCCACGUGAUUUACCAUCAGAUACGGUGACCAGUUCCGGAAAGUUCCUCAUCAAUCUGGAGGGCGGUAUGAUUCAAGAGGAGAGCGCAUACAGCAUAGCCGCGAUGCCCACCUCUCUCUCACGCUGUCCGAGAUGUCGACGCUACACAUCAGACGAGCCCGACUGCCUCUGCCCACGAUGUCAGACUGUGCUGGAGAAUGCCAAGUAAACUUGACUGUUGCCGUGACGACCGCUCACCCACUGGCCUAUAACCUCCUUUGGUGAUAAUUGCAAAAUUGCCGCAAGGGCUACGAUGGACUGACAGGAAGCUGCUAAUGUAAAAUGCAAAAAGUUAACAGAAGCUGUGGGUGGAGCAUGCCUCUCAGGGGUCAGAAGAGAUGGACUGUUAGAAAUUAAAGAGAAAUUGGAAAGAGAAGCCAAAUAAACGACACUCGGCCGAGCCAAUAUUCACAUACACUUGGAUGUUUGUUAAGCUGACGAAUCCAAAUGUAUAUGAUUAAAUGGAAAGGGCUUAUUUUUGAAUCAAUGCUCUUUUUGAGGUUAAAGCCAGUGGAUUUAACGGAUAUGUUGGAAAGUAAAAUUUACGUGUUAUAUAUCUAUAUGUGUGGUGAGUGAGGGGUUUUGCUGAACACGUCUUACUUUAUUGGCUAUAAAUUCACAUUCUGUGAAGGACAUGUUUUUAUUUAAUGCGUCAUUUGAAUUGACUUUGUAAUGUACUGUCAGUGGGAUUCAUUUGUGAAAAACAACCAGAACAAUUUUGUGUGAAUCAUUAAUUCAAUUAUUCUUACAUAAAAUACAGUUUAUGCAAGAAUAAUUUUUCCAAACUGUUUAAACAAAUUGAUUCUAUUUGUUCCAUGAAUGAGGCUGAAUGUCAAUUUUAGUUUUUCUGUUUACGUGUACAUGGUGCUUCAUUGCAUCGCAUGUAUAAGCCAAUAAAGAUAUCAAUAUGCAUA